CUUUCAUCAGUGGCGCAGAACUAGCUUUUCCGACAGUUGGGGAGUCUUUCAGGUUUACCUCAGUGUACGAAAGCUUGUUGAUACUGCAGAUGCUCAGCAGACUAGCAUUGGAGCCGAGGUAUAAACUUAUGGAGAGGUGCUGCUUGAGGUUUUCAUUCUAGUUGUAAGUUGCGCAGUUGAGUGGAAAUAUAGGUUGAUGUAAUAGAAGGAAGUAGAGGUCGUGGGAGUUCGACUUGUUUGUGUAGCAAGGCUUUAAUAUUCCUGCGCAAGAAGAAAGAUGUGCUCAAGAAAGUAGUCGCAGUUGUCAACAGAUCUACUUCUUCUAACUUUUGUCUCCUUAUGGGCGAGCGCGGCAGCGAUGUAGUUCCCACUUCUCUGCAUGGCGACAACCUAGUUCGCACGUUACUCGGCUGCGUCGCCACUGCUGUGUAUCCUGAGGCACGAGAGGCAGCGGCCGUCCUCGCAAAUAUGUGUUGGAUGGGGGAUGUUAGAUGUGAGCAGCUUGUUUGUUGGCUAAAGUUCGAUGCGGGGUCAAAUUUGGCCUGUGACGCGAGUGGGG